CGUACACAUUGCUAGCAUAACCAAAUAGAGAACUCCUCCUCUCCACUUCUCAAUCCAUCUUUGGGAAGGAAAACCAUAAAAAGAAAAAUGGCUGAUAAGUAUAAUCACAGGGAACCAGUUCAUGGACAUCCCAGAAGAGAUGAAGAAUCGACGGCUUUGCAAUCCGAGGAGCUCAAACGCCAGAAGAGAAUCAAGAUGUACAAAUACAUUGUUAUUUUCAUUGUGGUUCAGCUCAUAGUCCUGCCCGUGUUUGGACUGACUGUGAUGAAAGUUAAGACCCCAAAGUUCAGGUUGGGCAACAUCAAGGUCCAAAACCUCAGCUCUGUGCCAUCAACACCUUCAUUCGAAGCAAGCUUCGCAACCCAAAUUAGAGUCAAGAACACAAAUUGGGGUCCUUAUAAGUUUGAUGCAGGAACUGUCACGUUUAUGUACAAAGGCGUGACCGUAGGGCAAGUUGUUGUUCCUAAGAGCAAGGCUAAGAUGCGUUCUACCAAAAAGAUCGAUGUCACGGUGAGUUUAAAUUCGUAUGGAUUGCCAAGCAGUUCCAAUCUGGGCACUGAAUUGAAGAGUGGGGUGCUGACAUUGAGCAGCAAAGGGAAAUUGACUGGAAAGGUUGUGUUGAUGUUAAUGAUGAAGAAAAGGAAGUCUGCUACCAUGGACUGCACCAUGACAUUCGACUUGUCAACCAAGACUCUCAAAACAUUACAAUGCAAGUGAUCAUACAAGCUAGGCAGUGAGUGCACGUGAUCAAGACACGAGAUAUUCGAAUUUGACACCUCAUACCGCUACAAUAAUUGAUUACAUGUUCAGGAUUUGGAUUGCGAGAUCAAAACUAGUUCUUAAUUUGUUAUUCUAUUGUUAUUUUGUGUGUGAAGCUUGAAUUUGUACAGACCUAUAUAUAUAGUGAUAUUUAUUUCAUUAUAUAAACAUCUGUAAUGCCAAGAAAUUAUUUUUUUUCCAACCCCUUUUUCUUUUGUCUUUUACUUAAAUAUCUGUAUAUCAAAACAGAGAUGAUUAA